CGCCUUCCGAAUCUGCCGCCACAAGGGUCACGAGGAGGAGCAGCGCGAGGAGGCCACGCCCUCGCGCCCUCCGCGCGCAGCAUCCCGUCAGGCACUGCGGCGGCGUCCGUAUCGGCGUGACCGGAAAAGCAGUGCGAGGAAGGGGCCCUCCAAACCCGCUUGGCGUUUUGUGUGUUUUUGUCUUGCGGGAGCGGCCUCAUUUGGUGGAGAUUUCUCCGGGAGCGAGAAGGGGUGGAGAUAAGGAAGUGGAACUGCGGGGAAGGAGAGGAACACAUCGGAUUCUGGUUGUACUUCAGGAAUGAGGUAUCUUGUCAAAAAAGUCUGCUUCUGAAUAAAAUGGAAUUCCAGUUCAACUUCUCCAUAAGCAACGAGGCUUCUUCAGAGGAAAACCUGUUAUCUGAAAAGACUGAAAACGCAGCAGACUGCCCCGCUCUGAGUGAAAACAAGGAGGAGGCUUUGCCGAAGACGCCUGCCGACCCUGCGUCUGCCAAGGAGCACGCUAUUCCUUCAGAUGUCAACCAAGUGUUAGAAGAUAAAAUUGUGGAGAGCUUGCCAACAGUGCAGAUUUUAGUGGUGGAAACAGCAGUCCCAGAUCCCAUUUCUUCCCAUUCUGACCUCAUCCCAGGUGUCUAUGAGGGAGGCCUGAAGAUCUGGGAGUGCACCUUUGAUCUCCUGAAUUAUUUGUCUGAAGCUGAAAUUCAGUUUGGGAACAAAUCUGUUCUGGAUCUUGGCUGUGGGGCUGGUCUUUUGGGCAUCGCUGCAUUAAAAAGAAAUGCCGGAGAAGUCCACUUUCAGGACUACAACAGCUCAGUGAUUGAAGAAAUAACUCUGCCUAAUAUUUUGGUUAACUGUGCUCAUGAGAGUGAUGCUCCUGAAGGAAAUGGUGAACUUCCUGUGAAACACUCUGGGGAAAAAGACUUUGACUUAGACUUACUCUCAAAGUGCAGAUUAUUUUCUGGGGAAUGGUCAGCGUUCAGCAAGCUUCUUUUAAAUAGCAAGAAGCCUUUCUCAAAAUAUGAUCUGAUCCUGACCUCAGAGACUGUUUACAACCCCGAUUACUAUGAGGCUUUGCAUGACACACUUGCAGAUUUAUUGGGCAUCAACGGCUGUGUUUAUUUGGCCGGCAAAGCACACUACUUUGGGUGCGGAGGUGGGACUCUCCUUUUUACAAAAUUCAUUGAAGAGAAAAAUGUUUUCAAGUCCCGAGUUCUUAAAGUUUUUGACAAAGGGUUAAAGCGUUUCAUUAUUGAACUGGUCUUCAAGAAUUCCUUGUGACCUGCUUUUUGGCUUUGUACAUUAAUAAAGACACUCCAUGUUUUCAUUUGGAAACCAAGGGUCCAUUUCUUCUUCGUUCCUAAUUGUACUUUUCAUUCCUGGUUCCUUUUUUGUACUGUCGUUCCUAUUACUCUUUCUUCUUUGGUAUUUUAAGAGCACUUAUCCAAAAACUCACGCAUUCUCAAAAAGCCUACAUUUGGAGGGAGUUCUGAAUAUAUGUUUUUGCACAAGUUUGAUUUAUUUGGUGGGGGUUAUGUCACAGCUCUGGACAUAUUACAGUCUUAAUGUAGACAACCUUUAGAGCUCAAUCCUACAAACAUUAUGUGCUUGUUUACUUCAAUUAUUACUUGUGUGUUUUGCGCACCUUUUGGGCUAUUUCUUCUGGCUAAUGAACAUCUCAUCUAGAAAUUCUAAAGCAGAAAUUAGACAGUUUUACUGUAGAGUUAGAGGAAGCAAGACAAGUGAGCAAUGAUAACAAUUGGCUGAAAAGCUUAAAGUUUUGUGUUUUGCACUCUUGUGUUACUUGGUUUUAACAGAAAUGUAGGAUUUUAUUGAUUGUUUUAUCAUGGUUUUAUCUAUUUUGUUCUUCUGAUUGAAUAAUUUUAGUGUUUGUAUUCUGUUUACAAGCCGCCUUGGUUAUGCAUUGCGGAGAAAUACAGGAUAGAAAUACCCUAAAUAAAUAAAUUUGUUUUUCUAUGUUGUAA